UACAGCGCUGAUGCUAGGCUUAUGGCUGAGUUUGAGCAGUCUGGUGAGUCUGGCAAGUCCUUUAACUACUCGAGAUCAAUUUGGAGCCUGCGCACUCGGGUAAUCCUGCAAGCGACAUUGUCGCUUGCUAGAGCAAUGCUGUCACAGAAACUUGCUGUUCGAGCAAUUUCUAGACUGCAAUCUCUCCCUGGAGGAGAUAUAGGUGGUUUGUGUGACACUGUUGUGGAAGAUGUUCAGAAGCUUACUGGCUAUGACAGGGUUUUGGUGUAUAAGUUCCAUGAUGAUGAUCAUGGUGAAGUUGUGUCAGAAAUUAGGAGGUCUGAUUUGGAACCUUAUUUGUGA